AAAAAAUAGGGGCCGGAGUGUAGUAAAAAAACCUCAUCGUGCCACAGUCGAUUUUCGUACAAGCUGGAAUCUGCUAAAGAAAAAUCGUUCCAGGUAUGGCCGAUGGAAGCAAAGAAGGUCCAACAUCACCUCAGGCAGCUGUGGCAGCCAACUCCCAACUAUUCGGAGUUCUCUCCAGUCUUCUCCAGCAGGUGGAAUCAUUGACUAAUCAAGAAGAAGUGGAGUUGCGCAGUAAGAUCCAAGCACUAGGACUGGAAGUUACAAAAGUUCCUUCAAAAUCAACACAAAAUCUUGACGAGAUGGAGAUUGCGAAGCAGAUGGAUAAAUUAUCAGAAAAGCUGGAUGACGUGGAUAGGAUGAUAUCCUCCGCUGUUGCUGCGGAUCCACAAGUUGGGUCUCUCUUAAGCAGUACUGCUGAUCUUUGGAUGCCAGUUAUUACAGCUGGUUCUGAGGAAAGGUGUAACCUUAAUGCGUCAGUUGAAGAUGAUGUUGAAGUGAAAGGCAAAAACUCUCAGUAGCUUUUAGUUAAAAUCAUCGUCAUAUGUUGAUUUUGAUUCUUUAAUAAACGGUAAACAGAUUCCUUCUAUCAUCAAUUACAAAUCAUAGCCAGAGGGUUUAUGUAGGUAUCCUCAAGUUGAAAUCACAUUUACAUCUUCUGAUGACAAAGAUGAUACUUCAAUUUGUUAAGAGAUGUUCUGUAAGUCAUUUCUAGAUCUUGAAAAGGCAAAUAGGACUUGGUGAUGCUUGAACAUAUUUCUGUAAGAAUACUUGGAGACCUUCCUCUCUGGUGUAAAAUAACUAUACAUGAUAUGUUUACUUUUUAGCUGUGAAUGAACAGUGCGUUGAACAUUUUGUGUA